GAGGAGCAGAAGCUGCUGCUUCAUCUCCUGGUGAAUCUGUAUCUGCACUAGUCACCAGCAGCAGCAGCAGCAGCAGCAGCAGCAGUGCUCCCACCUCCUCCACCACGACCGGCACCAGUCGACCCAGUGGAGCAGAGCCGGUCCUCAGCCUACAUUACAGCUCAGAGGGAACCACUACCAGCACCAUCAAGCUCGACUUCACUGAUGAGUGGAGCAGCACCUCCGGCUCUAUGGGCGGCGGAGCUCGCAAAACAUCUGAGGUUGUACAGAGCAGAGAGAGCGUGUCGACGGAGAGUUCAGCAUCAGGGCAAAUUCCCUCUGAGGCCUCGAGGCAGCAGACUUUGCCGGCCGCCUCUGCAGAGCCACCGUGCGACGCCUCCUGCAGCUCGACGGCUCCAGCUGCAGCAGAGGGCUCCUCCGAGGGGGACGGCAUGGCGUCUUCAGCGCUGGAGAGGAGUCAGCCGGAGGGUGCGGAGGACACAUCGGGAGGCUGCAGGAGGGCGGAGCCCACUGGGGAGAGCCAAUGCGGCCCACUCCCGUCAGAGUGGGAGGGCCAGAGUCAGCCCGCACGUGCCAACCAGGACUCUGAUGACAGCGAUGACGAUCCCAUCCUCAUCCCAUCAACGAGGCUCAGAGGACAGGGACAGAGACUUAAUACCAGAGGAUCUGCAGUAGGAGAUAGGAUGAUCAGACGCUCGGCAGCAGCUCGCAUCCAGGAGCUGUUUCGCAGGAGGAAAGAAAGAAGGGAGAUGGAGGAGAGCGAGACCCAGAACAUCAGGAGACCGUCGGUCAAGAUGGUCUACAAGGGCCACCGCAACUCCAGGACAAUGAUAAAGGAGUCGUGUUUCUGGGGCAACAACUUUGUGAUGAGCGGCUCCGACUGCGGCCACAUCUUCAUCUGGGACAGACACACCGCAGAGCACCUGAUGCUGCUCGAAGCCGACAACCACGUGGUCAACUGCCUGCAGCCGCACCCCUACGACCCCAUUCUCGCUUCUUCAGGGAUAGACUACGACAUCAAGAUUUGGUCGCCGCUGGAAGUUUCGCCAUCAUUCAACAGAGUGCUCGCUAAUGAGGUCAUAACUCGGAACGAGCUGAUGUUAGAAGAAACGAGAAACACAAUCACAGUCCCGGCCUCUUUCAUGCUACGGAUGUUGGCCUCUCUGAACCACAUCAGAUCAGAUCGACUAGAGGGCGACCGCUCUGAAGGUUCGGGCCAGGAAAAUGAGGACGAGCAGUAGCCUGCUGGGAUUUUAUUUUACAGAAAACACCAUUUCUUCUUGCUGUAUAGCACUUGAAAAAAAAACAGAUUUGUACAAGUAUAGUGUAGAAUACUUCCUUUCGGAAAUUAGUACAAUUUCUUGCCCCCUUGUGUUUUUUUAAGAUCACUUUCUUACUGAUGUUUCUGUACAAG